CUUGCCAGCAUGAUGUUGUGGUACCUAGUGUUGUGUGUCAGUACUGUGGUCGCUCGAAAUACCAGCGAGGGAGUGCAAGAUGACACACAAAUAUUUGACUACUACUCGAUGCCGGCUCUGUCUGAGCUGGACGAUUUCGACCUUUGUCUGAGGAAACCUGACGCGGUCUACUGCAUCGUGGACAUGGUCUUACUGGAGGACGAUACGCCUUUGUAUCAGUUCAUAAAGAACUUCUCUUCAUCACCUUAUAAGAAAUACAUGCAUUCUAAGCUGCAUCGGGGCGUUUGCGCGUCUCAAAACUGUGGCCUUAAUAUAUCUUAUGCUAACGCCUCGGAGUCUACAGCAGUAGCCCUUAAAGAAUGCUUAAAUACUUCCAUCCAUCAGGGAUAUGGUCUGCAGGUGGAGACACUCUCAGUGCGUUACUGCAAGACUAAAGCUGACAGUCUGCCAAUAGACGCCCUGGACUUGACGAUUGGAGCGAUUCUUCUGGCGCUGCUGUUGGUGAACUUGGGAUGUUCAGCAUACCACUUCUUCUGGCCUGGGGAGAAAGAUGAAGGAAAUAAAUAUAUGCUAGCUUUUUGCGUUCAAAAGAAUUGGAAAGCGUUAAAACACGGCGGGAGCGCUGAAGGCGGACUCUUCAAAUGCUUCCAAGCGUUAAGAUUUUACACCAUGGUGAUGAUUCUGGGACUGCACUCCAUGAUCUUCAUUGGUUAUGGGUACACCGCUAAUCCAGAGUUCAUUGAAGAAUCCUACGACGAUUUCUUCAAAGCCCUACUGUUCAACGCAAGAGUGAUCGUCCAAAUUUUCUUUGUGAUGGGAGGUUUCCUCAUGGCUUACAAGAUGCUAGUGUAUGCCGAAACACAUCCGUUUACAUUGAAGACUGUACCCAUGGCCCUUGUGAAUCGAUGGCUAAGACUGAUGCCAGCGGUGCUGGUGGUGAUGGGGUUGGCGAUGACGUGGGUCCCGCAUCUAGGAUCAGGACCUAUGUGGGACGCAGUGGUGAAGCGGGAAAGAGACAUGUGCCGCAGUAACUGGUGGCAACUGGUCAUAUUGAUGCCAAAUUUGUUUCCGUUUGAACAUCUAUGUCUACCUCAGGCUUGGUAUCUCGGUACAGACACACAGCUGUUCCUCGUAACGCUAGUGGUUCUGCUCAUCAUAUGGCGCUGGCCGAGGAGUGGAGUCCCAGUUCUAUCAGCCGUAAUGGUGGUCAGUCUUCUGAUACCCUUCCUGCAAAGUUACUUCAUGAACCUCCUGCCUAUACGCGUCAGCAUAUUCCCUGAAUCCAUAAGAGACAUAUUCGGAUACAACGACACGUUCUACCACGCCUACGUAUCAGCUCAAGGCAAUUGGGCUGGUUAUCAUUUAGGAGUAUUAACAGCUUACUUCUACCGCAAGGCGCAGACCAAAAAAUGGGAUCUGGGUGGUUCUAUCAUAAUGAAGCUCCUAUUCAUCGCCUCCAUACCCAUCGCCAUGGGAUCAGUUUUGAUGGGCUGGGACCUUCACCACAGAGAGGCUUCAGCCUUCGAGUCUGCCGUUUUCAAUGCCUUCAAUCAAAACUUCUUCGCUCUAGCCAUCUGUGUGUUUGUCAUCGGAUAUUUCUAUAGAUGUAACCCAAUAUACGUGGGUUCAGUGGAGUGGGGCCCCCUGCAGCCACUAGGCAGGAUGUCCUACUGCGCCAUGCUGCUUCACGCGACGAUCCUGAGGACCUACGGAGGGCAGAUGAGGAGGUCCUUCUACGCUACUGACUAUACUGCGAUUAUGCUGUACGCUGGUAUAGUCUGCUCGACGUACCUCUUCGCGCUCCCUCUGUACCUGUUCGUAGAAGCACCAGCGUGUCAAUUGCAAAAACUCCUUCUAGGACCUAAAAGGAAGACAGAGAAGCAAGACAACAAUGCUAACCACGUCAAACCUGGCAUUUCUUCUGUCUCUGUGUCUACUGUAUCUACUCAUAUUUAAUAGAAAUGGCUUUGGUGACGUAGUUGAGGAGACUGCUGAGGUAGCGGGUUCGAUUCCUGAGUAAAAGUUAUAUUAGGUUUUCCUUGUAAGUAUCAGUAGUCCGGAAUUGUUUCCGGGAAAUGAUAAGCCCAUCUUCUUUAUCAUGGGACCUAACAUAGCUGGAAAAACGUUGGUAACAUCUCUGCCUACCCCUGAAAAGAGAAAAAUGUCUAAUACUAUGAAUGUAUAUAAAACGAUAACUUUAUGAUUUAAUUAUAUAUUGUAAAGAUUACCUGAUGCAAACUGCUUAAUUUUGAAAAGAGACGGAACAUAUGUAAAGGUUCAUAGGUUCAUAAUUUGAACUAGUUUAGUUAUCAUUGGCUUUAGCCCGCGGCUCCGCUCGCGUGAAAUCUUUUUUCCGAAAAAAAAAAAUAGCUUAUAACACUCCGGAGUAAUGUAGCUUCCUAUUAGUAAUGGAAUUUUCAAAAUCAGUUCAGUAGUUCAGAUUAGUCCCUACAGACCGACAAACUCACAAACUUUUCCUCUAUAUUAGUAUAGAUGAGGCCUAAUUAGGCUAAGGCCCACCUAAAUCUAAAACUAUUACCUUAUUUUAAGUCUCAACUGAAACUGAAUUUGUAGACUACGCCGUAAAUGAAACUCCAAAUUGAAUUUCCAUUGAUUUUAAAGAGAAUUUUACGAGAAACUGCAGUUCCGCACAAAAUUAUGACGUAUUUUUAAAAACCAAAAAUGUAAUCUGCUGCUAUUAUAAUAUAACAUAGAAUAUGACUGA